AAACACUGAAACAGUUAUAAUUUUUUUUUAACCAUCUUAGUUUAAAUAUCUGAGCCGCCCGGUUCAUCCAUUCAAAUCUCUCUCUCACUUACCAAACCCAAACAAAUAUCUAACACCACAAACUCAAAGCAAUAAAGAAUCCUUCUCUCUCUCUCUUUCUUUCUUUCUUCUUUCAGAGAGGAGGAGCAAGAAAGAAGCUUCAAAAGAACAAAGCUUAAGCUUUUUCCCCCGGAAAAUUUGUUCCCCUUUUUCGAAAAACUAAUAAUUCGUAACUUCAUAGCCAACAAGAUCAAUAAAAGGAGGCAACUUAUUUCUUUCAUUCUCUCUUGUAAAGAGUACUUGCUAAACCCUAGCUUUUGUUCUAUAGAGAAUCCAAGAACCAAUCAAUUUUUUAUUUUAUAAAAAGAUGAGCAAUCUUGAAGAAUCUUUGAGAUCUCUAUCGUUGGAUUUCCUGAACCUACUAAUCAACGGUCAAGCUUUCUCCGACGUGACUUUCAGCGUUGAAGGUCGUUUAGUCCACGCUCACCGUUGUAUCCUCGCCGCACGGAGUCUUUUCUUCCGCAAAUUCUUUUGUGGGACAGACUCACCACAACCUGUCACAGGUAUAGACCCGACCCAACAUGGGUCCGUACCCGCUAGCCCAACAAGAGGCUCCACGGCCCCAGCUGGAAUUAUACCAGUGAACUCAGUCGGUUAUGAGGUUUUUCUGUUGCUACUUCAGUUUCUUUAUAGCGGACAAGUCUCCAUCGUGCCGCAGAAACACGAGCCUAGACCUAAUUGUGGCGAGAGAGGAUGUUGGCACACUCAUUGCUCAGCCGCCGUUGAUCUUGCUCUUGAUACUCUCGCCGCCUCUCGUUACUUCGGCGUCGAGCAGCUCGCAUUGCUCACCCAGAAACAAUUGGCAAGCAUGGUGGAGAAAGCCUCUAUCGAAGAUGUGAUGAAAGUUUUAAUAGCAUCAAGAAAGCAAGACAUGCAUCAAUUAUGGACCACCUGCUCUCACUUAGUUGCUAAAUCAGGUCUCCCACCAGAGAUUCUUGCCAAGCAUCUCCCUAUUGACGUCGUCACCAAAAUAGAAGAGCUUCGUCUUAAAUCUUCUAUAGCUCGCCGUUCUCUAAUGCCUCACAACCACCACCAUGAUCUCAGCGUGGCUCAAGACCUAGAAGAUCAAAAGAUUAGAAGGAUGAGACGAGCUUUGGAUUCAUCAGACGUGGAACUAGUGAAGCUGAUGGUAAUGGGAGAAGGACUCAAUCUUGAUGAGUCGUUAGCAUUGCAUUACGCUGUUGAAAGCUGUAGUAGAGAAGUUGUGAAGGCUUUGCUUGAGCUUGGAGCUGCCGAUGUGAAUUAUCCGGCGGGUCCGGCAGGGAAAACACCUUUGCACAUCGCGGCUGAGAUGGUCUCUCCAGACAUGGUGGCUGUUCUGUUAGACCACCAUGCUGAUCCUAAUGUGAGGACAGUUGGUGGAAUCACGCCUCUUGAUAUCCUUAGAACAUUAACUUCGGAUUUCUUGUUCAAGGGGGCAGUUCCUGGAUUGACUCACAUUGAACCGAAUAAACUUAGGCUUUGCCUCGAGCUUGUUCAAUCCGCUGCAAUGGUGAUAUCUCGAGAAGAAGGAAACAAUAGCAACAACCAAAACAAUGAUAACAAUACCGGGAUUUACCCUCAUAUGAAUGAGGAGCACAAUAGUGGAAGCAGUGGAGGGAGCAAUAACAAUUUGGAUUCAAGAUUGGUUUAUCUCAAUCUUGGAGCAGGUACGGGUCAGAUGGGUCCAGGUCGAGAUCAAGGGGAUGACCAUAACAGUCAGAGGGAAGGUAUGAGUCGGCAUCAUCAUCAUCAUCAAGACCCAUCUACAAUGUAUCAUCACCAUCAUCAACAUCACUUCUAGUUCUCUAUAUUGGUCUCUAUAUCUCAACCAUAUAAGACUCAAAAUAAAUUUAUUAAUUUAGUUCUUAUAUCUUCUAUAUUUAUUUCUGUAUAUGGAAAUUAAUGAGGACAUAUAAGGAGAGUAUUAAGAAGAGGGGCAUGCAGGAAUUUAAGAUCAUGCAUCCGUUAUAUAAUUAUAGACUAGGUUUAUUUAAAUUAGUUGCUCUAGCUAUCGCUCAUCGUUGUACUAAUUAAUCAUUUGAUUAACUUUGCCAUCGAUUAAUAUCUUAUCUUUAUACCCUAAUUUCUUCCUA